AUGGAGAAGGAGAGGAUCGAACUCUCGACCUUAGCAUUGCUAUGUAUACUGUUAUAUAAGUACUACACUCUACCGACUGAGUUACGUCUCCACUUUCAAGAAUCCAAUUUUCAAAUUGGAGCAUAUGCCAAAUAUGUCAACGAUCAAAGAUCUUCUGUAAAUAAUAACGAAAUCAUGAAUUUUCAACAAUUUCAAAAUGAAAAUUUAAUUUCUAUUACAUUCUAG